UAACUAUUUUGUAAAGCAUUUCUUCAGUGGGACAGAAGAAAACAUGAACUGUAAAAAGAAAAAACAGUAAGUUGCACUUUAACAGACGUUAAGGAUAGCAAUGCAAGAUGGCAGCCACUACGGGCUCAGGAGUAAAAGUCCCUCGCAAUUUCCGACUGUUGGAAGAACUCGUUGAAGGUCAGAAAGGAGUAGGAGAUGGCACAAUUAGAGGGGGUCUAGAAGAUGACGAAGAUAUGACCCUUACAAGAUGGACAGGGAUAAUAGUUGGGCCUCCAGGGGUAUACCCAAGAGCCAUAUCAGCGCUAGCAAAGGGGCAGAACUCACAUAGCAUCAGAGAUGUCCUGCAAGAGCUAAUGAUUUCUAGAGAGAGCAUGAAGCUCCCUCAGCCACCUGAAGGACAGUGUCACAGAAAUUAA